AUGAUGAUGGUGGAGGCGAGCGACGGAGCAGCGGUGGCGCUGGACGGGUCGUCCUCUGCGCCGGUAGAUUACAACGACGUGCUCUUGAAUCUUGAUGAUAUAUGGAGGCUCAUCGAGGAGUCUCCUGAUUCACAGCAGGGUGGUAGGUCGGAAGAUUUACCAAUUAUUGACUCCAUACAAGGAGAGCUGACUUCAGCUGUUCAAUUCCCAGAAGAUGAUUCACCCGGAUUUGGUGAACACCAGCACAUGCCACACAGUUACGAAGAUUUGGGAUAUUGGAAGAAAUAUUCAGAAAGUGAACAACAUCAAUCUUCACCCAAUACUAAAGGCAAUGGCCCUUACUAUGCAGGUGCAGAUGAUAGUUUACAGAAUGCUUCGUCUUCUUGCCAAAUUGACAGGGAGGAAGCUCCAAUUGAGACAUUCAGCGAUAUUGAACCAUUUACAUUUGGCAGCAUGCAUGACAGAGAGUCAUUAUACCUAAAUGCUCCUGAGAAAGAUCUAUUUGACACAUCCAGCUAUGGUGAACCUUCUACUUUUCAUAGUACUAACGGUGCUCUUCAUAAGCGGGACUCUAUGGAUUUCGGUCGAGUUAACCAUGAAGGAGAUGUAUUUGGAUCAGCCUUAUAUAGUGGCACGGGUGUAUCUAGGAACUACCGCAACAACAUUGGUAUUAGACCUACUGAUGUACUCAGUGAUCUAAUUGGUGGGAGUGGGACAUAUAAUGCGCGUCCAGGUCAGCUGUAUUCCAUCGAUGGUAUAGGGAUGAUGCGAGGCAGUUCUUCUUCUAUGAUUCCUCGUAAUAAUAAUGUUUCCCAGGCAAAGGGUGAAAUAGAAGAGAAAGAUUCUGAUACAAGAACUUUUAUUUCUCCUGGCAGGUCAGGUGAAAUCCCACUGGAAAUUUGUGAUUUAGCGGGUCAUGAUUGGUUUUCUGUUUCUGAGAAUCAUCAAGUACGGCCACCUUCGGUUAAGAUGGAAAGAAACUCCCUGAAGAUGGAAAAUGAUAUGAUAAAUCCUGUCUUCUUUUGUCAUGAUUGGCCUGAUGUUGAUCAGAUUUCAGAGAAUCUCGGCGGGUUUUCACCCUCUUCAUUUGAGAUGGAAGCAAGUUCUGUAAAGAUGGAAAAUGAGUUGCCGAAUUCUGCCUUUGUCGGUCAUGAUUUGAGUUCUCCUGUUCAUCAUUUUUUGGAGAAUCCGGGCAUACUGCCAACCCCUUUAGUUAAGGUGGAAAUGAAUUCUGUGAAGGUAGAAAACAAGAUGCCAAGGACCUAUCAAGGGGUUCGGAAUAACACGGUUGCCCAAAAUGUUGAUGAUGAUUGUGAUGUGUGUAUCCUUGAAGAUAUGAGUGCCCCAGCCCGACCAAAGCGUGCGGCAAUGAAUGCAAAGCGUGCUGCAAUGAAUGCAAAGCUUGCUGCAGCUUCACAACUUUUGACAUCGAGAAACCAUGGUGCCCAGAUGGCAACAGCACAUUCGAGGAUCAAAUCUAAUGAUGAACGGGCAAUUUUUCGAGUUGCACUGCAAGAUCUUACACAGCCAAAAUCAGAAGCUACUCCACCGGACGGUCUUUUGUCUGUGCCUCUGCUGAAACACCAGCGAAUUGCUUUAUCCUGGAUGGUUAACAAGGAGACAAAAAGUGCUUGCUGUUCUGGUGGAAUUCUCGCGGAUGAUCAGGGACUUGGGAAGACAGUAUCUACAAUUGCACUUAUACUGAAGGAAAGGCCGGCAUCAUCUAAAGGUUCAAUGUCUAAUGAAAAACAAAGUGAGACAGAGACAUUAAAUUUGGAUGAUGAUGAUGAUGAUGAUGAUAAUAGUGUGUCUGAGGCCAAACCUCAACAAGUAAGUGGAUGCCCGAUCAAUGGUGGCAAUAAUUCUCUGCUGGCAAGGGGCAGGCCUUCUGGUGGGACCCUCAUUGUGUGUCCGACAAGUGUCCUCCGGCAAUGGUCUGAGGAGUUGCACAAUAAAGUAACAAGGGAGGCCGAUCUUUCUGUUCUAGUAUACUACGGAAGCAACCGGACAAAGGAUCACCUCGAGCUGGCAAAAUAUGAUGUGGUUGUUACAACAUAUGCGAUUGUGAGCAUGGAGGUGCCUAAACAGCCUGUUGCCGGUGAAAGUGAGAAUCCAAUGGAUUUUCCACUCAAAGAACUUUCAUCUUCUGGAAAAAAGAAAUCAUCUGAAUAUUCCUGUAAGAGCAAGAAGAGGAAAGGAAAUGACGGUGAAAUACUUGACGGUGAAAUACUUGAAAAGGCAUAUGGUCCUCUUGCCCAGGUUGGAUGGUUUAGGGUUGUACUGGACGAGGCCCAAAGUAUCAAAAACCACCGCACUCAAGUGGCUCGGGCUUGCUGGGGUCUCCGUGCUAAACGCAGGUGGUGCUUGUCCGGGACACCCAUUCAAAAUGCAAUAGACGAUCUUUAUAGCUACUUCAGAUUUCUCAGGCACGAACCGUAUGCUGUCUUUAGGACUUUCUGUGAGCAGCUAAAGGUUCCAAUUCAUAGGAAUCCACGGAAUGGUUACAAAAAAUUACAAGCGGUGCUUAAGACUAUCAUGCUACGUCGAACAAAAGGUACUUUUAUUGAUGGUGAACCAAUUAUUAAUCUCCCACCGAAAACUAUAGAGUUAAAGAAAAUUGAUUUUUCCAAGGAAGAGCGCGAUUUCUACUGCAGACUGGAAGCUGAGUCACGUGCUCAAUUUGCUGAAUAUGCUGCAGCAGGAACUGUCAAACAGAAUUAUGUCAACAUAUUACUAAUGCUCCUACGACUACGCCAAGCUUGUGAUCAUCCUCUGCUUGUUAAGGGGUUCGGUUCGAGUUCUAAAAUGACAUCGUCCAUUGAGAUGGCAAAGAAGAUUUCUAAGGAGAAACAGAAUUUCCUCCUGAGUUGUUUGGAAGCUUCUUUGGCAAUCUGUGGGAUUUGCAAUGAUCCACCUGAGGAUGCCGUUGUAACUCUCUGUGGACACGUGUUUUGCCACCAGUGCAUAUGUGAACAUCUAAUAGGCGAUUCGACCCAGUGCCCAUCCAAGAAAUGCAAAACCCAUCUGAGCAUGGCGUGCGUUUUCUCCAUGAACACGCUGCGUAUUGCUCUCUCGGAUCAGCCGAGUACAGAAGACACUGCCAGCUGUACCGAUCAUGAAGUUGCUGAAGUUUCCGAGCUUCAGUCAUCCAGGUGCCCUCAAGAUUCUUCCAAAAUCAAGGCUGCCCUUGACCUCUUAUUGUCUGUCUCUUCGCGGACGAACUUUGCAGCACAAUCAGAGUCCUCGCAAGAGUCAUGUGCUUCUGAUCGUGACAAUAAUGUAAACUCGGACAAUUCGGGUAAGGUUAUGACAGAGAAAGCCAUUGUGUUCUCACAGUGGACUGGGAUGUUGGAUUUGCUGGAAGCUUGUCUUAAGAGUACUUCCAUCGAGUACCGUAGGCUUGAUGGUACUAUGCCUGUUGCUGCCAGGGACCGAGCCGUGAAAGAUUUUAAUUCUCUUCCCCAGGUUUCGGUCAUGAUCAUGUCUCUAAAGGCUGCUAGCCUUGGCCUGAACAUGGUGGCAGCUUGUAAUGUCCUUCUCCUGGACCUCUGGUGGAACCCGACUACUGAAGAUCAGGCUAUAGAUCGAGCACACCGUAUAGGGCAGACACGCCCUGUUUCGGUUUUCCGGCUGACUGUGAAAGACACAGUGGAAGAUCGCAUUUUGGCCUUGCAGCAAAGGAAGAGAAGGAUGGUCGCUUCUGCCUUUGGGGAAGACGAGUCGCGCACCCGACAAACUAGGCUUACAGUUGACGAUCUGAAGUAUCUAUUCAGGGUCGAUUAA